UUAUUUUAGUUCGUAAAGUGUGGUUUCGUCGUUAACAAUGGCAACUUACUGUAAAUUACUCUACACACCGAGCUUCAGCUCUCAGUCGCCACAAAUUUUCAAGAAACCGGGAUUUACCGGGGAAAAUAGCAAACACCAUAAACUGAGUAGGAAUUGGAACAGGUUGACUCAAGAGGCUACUCCCUCACCCUUGCUCCACUUCAAAAGUCCAGAAAUAACACCAUGUUUCUCAAGAAAGAUGAAAACAAACCAUCUUUUGAGGUUUUACUCGAAUAUAAGGACUUAUCAGAAAUCUACAGUUAAUCUGAGGGCACCUGAAGGCGGGAAAUCACAGCGCGCCAAACGUGACGCUCGCGGAGGGCCCUCAUCUGAUACUUUUGGAUUCCCACCAAGAGAUCCUCAAGCAGCAGCAGAGGAAAUUGUGGGUUUGUCCCAAACAAAACAGGAUGUAUUGAGCACAAUCAAGAAAAUGUUGGAGGAGAACAGGGUCAUCAGAGAGCGGUUACUCACCUUGAGGCAGCUGAGCCGAAGCGAAUGA